AACAAAGUGAAGAAAGAGAAAAAGAAAGAGAAGAUGAAGAUGAUGAGAAAACAGGAUGAUAAGAGGGAGACAUUAACUGAAUGUUGUAAAUUGUUGUUUACUAAAAGCUCAACAUAACAACCGAUUUCUCAGUUAUUUUUUUUGUCUUCCUGUUCACAUUAAUUUCCAUUGAACAUAUUCAAUCAAUAAUCUCCCACUCAUUGAACAAUACGACAACUAAAUCAAUCCAAAAAUGACCUCAAUGAAUUCUGGUAUCGAUACAAAUUGUAUGACACUAACCCGAUUUGUGAUUGAAGAGCAACGGAAAGUGGCCAAUGCCACCGGAGAGAUGACAACACUUCUCAACGCUUUGGCCACAGCAAUUAAAGCGAUGUCCUCAGCAGUUCGUAAAGCUGGUAUAGCUAAAUUAUAUGGUAUCGCUGGAUCGACCAAUGUUCAAGGAGAGGAGGUUAAAAAGCUUGAUGUUUUGGCGAACGAUUUGUUCAUCAAUGUAAUGAAAUCAUCUUAUUCAACUUGUCUCCUGGUUUCAGAGGAAAAUGAUCAUGUUAUUGAGGUAGAACCUGAGAAAAGAGGUAAAUACAUCGUUACCUUUGACCCUCUUGAUGGUUCUUCCAAUAUUGAUUGUUUGGUUUCCAUUGGCUCCAUUUUUGCCAUUUACCGCAAGGUGAAUCCUGGUGAACCAAGUGAAGCCGAUGCUCUGGUCAGUGGACGAAAUAUUUUAGCCGCUGGUUAUGCGACUUACGGAAGCGCGACUAUGCUUGUGUUGUCCCUUGGUCAAGGUGUCCAUGGAUUCAUGCUCGAUCCUGCCAUCGGGGAAUUUGUUCUCACUGAUCCAAACAUUUCGGUUCCUCGUCGUGGUAAAAUUUACAGUAUCAACGAAGGUUAUGAAAGUCAAUGGGAUCCAGUGGUCAAGAAUUACGUCCAUGGAAAAAAAUAUCCAAAGUCUGGUAAACCUUAUGGUGCUCGUUAUGUUGGUUCAAUGGUGUCCGAUGUCCACCGAACCUUCAAGUAUGGAGGAAUCUUCAUGUAUCCAGCAACCAAAGACUCACCUAACGGAAAGUUACGAUUAUUAUACGAAUGUAAUCCUAUGGCAUUUUUAAUGGAGCAAGCGGGAGGAAUGGCGAUCACGGGAAAACAAUGUAUCCUCGAUAUUGUGCCGAAAACUAUUCACGAUCGAAGUCCGAUUUUCCUUGGUUCCGUUGAAGAUGUGACCGAAAUCCAAGAAAUGUACAAAUCAUUUCAAUAGUUAAUCGAACCUCAGAAAAGAUAAUCUCAAUCAAGUUGAUCAUCUAUCGAUAGUAAUUAAGUUGUUCGGAUCACCAUUUUCCACUUUUCUUUUUACAUCAUUUGCUAAUUAACUAACUGUUUUCAUCAACAAUUCUAAAUUUAAUCAUUUCAAAUUGUUAAUCAAUUAACAAUCAAUUACCUGUAACACUUGUAAUCUGAGGCAAUUUAGUUUAUUUUACUUAUUAAUAUUUUCUUGGUUGAGUUCAUGGA